CAAACUAAAUAGUUGGCGGCUGGAACCUAGGAAUUCGCAAGACAUCUAGACAUAUUACUUUCAUCAAACAAACACAGACUGACCAUCAAGGUCUACAAGACGUUGACUUUGCAUCAUGCCACCACCUUCUUCAGAGCCUCCAAAGGCACAAGAGAAACAUGACGCCGAGGCGACCAUUAGGAGAAACCCGCACCCAGAUUUCAAUAAAGUACAAGCUUCACGGCCAGAUUGGGACGAAUCAAAGAAGUGGAGCUUCUCAAAAACACGAGAUCCCUCUUGGACUUAUGGCUCUGGCGCAACGGAUAAAUCUGGAGAAUCAAAAUCACACGUGGCGAUCGACCCCUAUGAAGAAGGGAGACCACCAGUGUUCAACUAUAAGCUUAUGAUUUCAGGGAUUGUCCCUCGACCAAUUGGGUUUUUGUCGACGAGAUCCAAGGAUGGCUCAUCCACCAAUCUUGCUCCAUUUUCUUACACUCAGAUGUUCAACCACGAUCCUCCUAUCUUUGGGGUCGGAUUCAGUGGCGGUAUUGACAACGCCAAGGACAGUCUGAAGAACCUGCUGGAAACGGGUGAAGUGGUUAUCAACAUGGUGGGGGAUCACUACCUAGAAGCUAUGAAUUCGACGUCGAUUGAUCUACCCUACGGACAGUCGGAGUGGGCGACCUCUGGUCUCACACCAGGAGAAACCAAAGUUGUGUCGCCAUCACGUGUCAAGGAAGCAAUCUUCAGCAUCGAAGGAAAGUUGCUCAACACGCAGGAAUUUGAGUCGCGUGUCAAUCCUGGCAAGAAAACAGGGGUUCUGGCAGUGAUUGAGGGCCUUCAUUUCUGGGUUCGGGAGGAUGCGAUCAAUGAAGACCGUAAUCUGAUCGAUCCUGCGGUGCUCAGACCCAUUGCUAGACUGGGCGGUAUCACGUACGCAAGGGUCACGGAUGGAGUGGAGAUUCUUCGCCCAGUGUUGCAGAAAGAACGGGACGCGGGUAAGAUCGGGGAUGACUUGCUCCGGCCAAAGAUUUGAGACUUGAAUGGAUGGGUGGUGUCUGUGAAGGCUCCUUGGUGAGUGGUCAAGAGUACUGGCGGAGAGUCCAAGGAUGUAACAAGUAGGAGCAUGAUCAAGCGGUCUAGAGCGAAUUCCUCUACGCCACAAGCCGGUGAGACUUUAUGC